UGGUUUCACAGACCGGGCUUAGACUAAGCCAGGAUUAGACCAUAGAUCAAUUAGGAAAUGUAAGUAUUUUGUGCAUCUUGAGACAAAACAAAGGCACUUAUAUAUUUUAAGAUCAGUCAGUGCAAGUUUCUUUCAAUUAGCAAACUUGCUCAGAGUUAGGGGCAAAAAAUCUUAUAUUUAAAGAUUGUACCAUACAUUGAUUAAAGCAAGAAAGAGGUGAAUGUUCUGUAAAUUUACUGAACUAGUAUUAUUUUGGAAGACUGAUGUAUAAUUGUAAUGCUACAGCAAUUUUUUUUCUUAAAUAGAUGUACCAGUAAAAAACUUACGUAGAAGCAGUUGGUAUUAAUUAUUUUUAGUUCUAUUAAGUUUUUGCAGAUUAUACUGAUUGACUUGUAAUUAUGUUAGAAAGUGAAUUCAAUUAAUGACAUGCUUGGCCCUGCGGCAAAUAUACAUCCAAUUCCCUCAUGACAUUUAAUCCUUGCGUGAAUAAUUACUUGUAAUCUGGUUAAUAGUCAGUGGAUGGAGAUACAGUGGUUGAUGUGUCUUUAGUGACUGUGUGGCUCAUGUAUUUGAGUGUACGCUAGCUCACCAAUGAUGUUAUACAUUUCCAUCCAGCUAAUUAAUUAAAUAAAUAUCUGCUAGAAAUUGAAAUGCUGUGUUUUACACAAUGCUCAAUCAGCGUUAUGGAACAGCUUCCCUCCCUACCUUCUUGUUUUCCUUUCUUGUGCAACUUUCUCUUUGCUAUUUUUAACAUGGCUUUAUCCUAGGCACUUUAUUUUGUCUCUGUUCAUUAUCUUGAAAGAAACAGUCAAUAUUUCAGUCACUUAAAAAAAAAAAUGUUGAGAUCAUAAAUGGACAAUUAAGAGGACAUGCUUGGACAAGUUGUUCAGGCAUUUCGAAUUUUGAUGUUUACUGAUAACUUCUCAUAAUCAUUUCCUUUAGAUUUUUUGAUUAUUUCUGAGAAUAAAUUCACAAAUGUGUCCCUGGACCACAAACCAGUCUUAAGUCGCAGAGGUAUAUUUGUAGCAACAGCCAAAAAUACAUAGUAUUGGUCAAAAUUAUUGAUUUUUCUUUUAUGCUAAAAAUCAUUAGGAUGUUAAGUAAAGAUCAUGUUCCAUGAAGAUAUUUUGUCAAUUUCUUACUGUAGAUACAUAAAAACUUAAUUUUUGAUUAGUAUUAUGCAUUGCUAAGAAUUCAUUUGGACAAAUUUAAAGGAGAUUUUCUCAAUAUUUAGAUUUUUUGCACCUUCAAAUUCCAGAUUUUCAAAUAGUUGUAUCUCAGCCAAAUAUCGUCCGAUCUUAAUUAUCCAUACAUUUAUGUAAAGCUUAUUUAUUUGAUGCAUAAAUCUAAAUUUCAGAAAGUUGACACUUGGUUUUGUGGUACUAGGUCACAAAUAUAGUCAUUUAGCCUCAUGCAAAGGGAAUCUAUGAAAUUCAUUAUUAUUGUAAUUUUUGCUUGAUGAUGAUCUGUUUGUUUCCGUCAAGCACCAAUGGAACGGUGAUCAACAUGUCCAAAGUGGUGAAGACACAGACACACUUACUGCAGAAUGGGGAUGUCAUUCACUUUGUGUACAGGAAGAAUGAGCCAGAGGAAAACAUUGCUUAUGUUUAUCAUGCCAUCGGCCCACAGGAAAGUGCCUCGCAGGACACUGAAGUUUCUGAAAGUAAUGGUGCGUUCACACCAGACGCGAAUGAAGUGUUAAAUGCGAGUGAUUUGCAUUUUAAGUCCAUGCAAAGACACGAUAGAAAUGUUUCUUCUGAUGGAAGUGAGUCUGGGUGCCCUCUGCCAGAACCUGCUUCUGCUGCUGAACCCACAGUGCCACCAAGAAGAAGAGCACAGAAAAGGCCUAUGGAGCAGCCAUCGGAGGUGAAGGGUCAGCUCCUAGAAGCUCCAGCGCCGCCUCCACGCUCAGAGGAUGAGCUCUUUCUCUUGAGUCUGGCCCCUUCCCUGCAGAAUAUCGGAGGAGAAGAAGAUUCAGAUCUGAGGGAAACUGAGAGUGAACCAGUGCCAGUAGAGCCUGUUAUUGUGAAGCCUUUAAUUCAGGCUGGGCAUGAGGAUCCUCAGCCAUCUACCUCUUCCUUCCACUUCUACAACAUGCCCUUAUCUAGCUGCUCUGAUUACAGAAUCGCUGCCAGCUCUUUCCUCUGCUACCGCUGUGGACUUUGCACUUUUAGAGAGCUUGCAUAUAAAUAUAGAGAGCAUAUUCCUCCUACAGAUCUGCCUGGAAAUUCAACCACGUUUGUGAGCAGACUCGUUGUAAGAACUGAAGCUGGGGAAAGUGGCUUGAUUUGA